AACACAUGGUAAACGGUUGGAAAUGUGUUUAACCGUGUAAAAAAGUAGUAUCUGGAUAUUUACGGUUUCAGUUACCAGAUAUAAGUCUGUAAUACUGUCGCUGUAAUAUCUGUCGUGAUUUGGUCAUCAAUGCAUCGACCUGUUUAAUCUGCUAACGUGUGUAAAGCGACUUUUAUUCACUUCAAUCAUGGUUCGAGCUAAAAGGGGUAAACAAAUCCAGAGGCCUAAAAGGUCCGAGCGAUACGACGAAAAUGAUGAAGAAGCCUACAAGAACAUGCCUGUCCCUGAUAAGAAAUCUUUAAAGUACACAAAGGACAAAAUCGAUGAGUUUCACGAUGAGAAGAUUGCAAAACUUCUUGCCAGUGGAGUUCAAAUGGAGAGCGAUCCGGAGGAACUGGACGAUGAGGAGGAAGUGAUGCCGCUGGAUGAUUCUGAGUCAGAAGAGAAUGAGGAGGAGGAAGCAGACAUGGAGAGUGAUCUAGAGGGGCAAAAAGAUGAAGAGCUUCCUAAUGAAAUGGCAUGGGGCACCAAGAAGAAGAUGUUCUAUGAUUCUGAUUAUGUGACCAGCAAGGGGAAAUCAAAAGAAGACCUGGAAGCAGAGGAACAAGAAGAGGAAGAAGAGGCAAAAAAUAUCCAAAAACGUUUAGCUGAAAAUCUCAGCGAGGAGGAUUACGAUUUAAACUUUUUUCAGGACCUUGCUGUGGAGGAGAAAGAUGAAAAGAAGACUGCAAAAAAAGAGGAGAGGAUUGUGAAAGACCUGAAGCAGAUGUCUCAGAAAGAAAAACUGAAACUUCUGAAGAAGGAAUCACCAGAGCUGCUUGAACUCAUUCAGGACUUCAAGACAAAGCUUGCAGAAAUGAAGAAUGAGCUGCAGCCCCUCGUACAGAUGGUAAAGGAUGGAAAGAUCCAACCAGGAAAGCAGGUUCUUGGCGAGGGUGAGGGACGUGAAAAAGUUGUCCGUGGUGAUAUUUCUUCCCUUCCCCAUGAAGGGCUCCACCAGCCUCAUAACAACAUUUUCGCCCACACUUUGUCUUGCUGGUCUGGUUGGAUCUCUGCCGAGGGUGCUGACUACCUCAAGACAAAACAGCAACUUUAUCUCAAUUACUGCACAAACAUCAGCUUCUACUUGGUUCUGAAAGCAAAACGAAUCCCUGUUCACAAUCAUCCCGUGAUUGAAAGACUGCUUACCUACAGAAAUCUCAUCAAUGAACUGGGUGCAGUAGACGCCCGGCUUGCACCACAGUUUCGGAAGCUACUAGCUGGUGAGGGUAAAGAUAAGGCCACCAGCAGACCAGCAGAGGGCAAGAAGGUCGGAGUCUCCAGUAAGAAGGACAUGGAUUCUGGUGAAACGGUGCCUGAGAUUGAGGAGGAUUCAGACUCUGAACUGGAUGAGGAGGCAGCUUUGCAAUUCUACAGAGGAGUGGAGGCGAGAUUGAAACUGAAGAGGAAGACCAACGACCCAGAAGCUGAAGGGUUGGAGGAGCACGAAGAUGAGAAGGAAGAGUUUGAUCCAGACGCUAAGAGAGGCAUCACUUACCAGAUGGCUAAGAACAAGGGUCUCACACCAAAGAGGAAGAAAAUUGACCGUAAUCCCAGAGUCAAGCACAGAGAGAAGUUCAGACGUGCCAAGAUCCGCAGAAAGGGACAGGUCCGUGACGUUCGACGGGAGGACAAGAGAUACAGUGGCGAAAUGUCUGGUAUUCGUGCUGGAGUCAAGAAAAGCGUCAAACUUAAGUAACCCAGAGAGAAUUCAAAAUAUGAGAAUAUGUGAAGCCAUGACAGUGAGAGAAAACCAACGGACUGUAUUUGUCAGUGUUUAUUAUACAGGAGGUGACCACUGUUGUAUAAGAAUGUCAUUGAAUUAUUGAACUGUCAGUCAUGUUUGUAUCAAGACACUGAAAAGUUGCAGAAAAUGAAUAAACAUUUACAGAAACAG